AUGGAGAGGAAAGUGUUUGUGUACAGAGACUGGAUGAAUAUGGAAACGGCUUAUGAGGUCUCAGCAACGGAAUUCCUUGCGGGUGAUGUUGAGGCUCUUGUUAUCAGAGUCACUGAGGGACUGAGAGAGGGAUUCAGAGGCAGACUUCAGAGAAGCCAGCGAUACUCCCUGUAUCCAGAACUGACGCAAUUCACAAACUAUGUGUAUGAACCAGUGGACUUCACAUUGAUUAAGUGGUUCAUGAAGUCAAGGACCGAGCUCAUUCGUCUCAACAAUAUUCACAGGCAGGAUGUAAGGAUCUGUUCUCUAUGCAACAUGAAGGAGGAAGAGGAUGUAGUCCACUUCAUAGCCAGGUGCCCGGUGCUUGCAGAGUUCAGAAAGCGAUACUUCGGAAAGACUUUGCUUGCGGUAGAGGAGCUGAAGACGUACCUGAAUGGUGACAACUGGAUGCUGGACUAUGAAGUGGACCUAUACCUGCGUCAAAAAUGGCAGGACGAGCGACUUAAACACGCUGACAUCACAGAAGUCCUCGACCUGAAUGACCCCAACCUGGUCAAGGCCAUCUGGAAGCCAGAGGUCUACUUCCCCAACGCAAAGCAUGCCGAGUUCCAGUUCGUCACUGUGCCAAAUGUGCUAAUCAGGAUCAACCCUGAUGGAGAAAUACUCUAUAUGCUCAGGCUGAAAUUGACAUUCUCCUGUAUGAUGGAUCUCUCCAAAUUUCCUCUGGAUAAUCAGAUAUGCACAAUGGAAGUGGCUAGUUUUUCGAAAACGAUCGAAGAACUUCGUCUGGAAUGGAAGACAAUGAAUCCCGUAAUAAUGGGAAAAGGACUGAGAAUGCCGCAGUUCGAAAUUGUCGAAAUUAUCCCAUCUGACUGUCAGGAGUCCUUCCAAAUUGGUAACUACAGCUGCCUGGUGGCGGAAUUCUACCUGUCGCGGUCAGUGGGCUUCCACCUGGUGCAGAGCUACCUGCCGACCAUCCUGAUAGUGGUCAUUUCCUGGGUCUCCUUCUGGAUGGAUGUGGACUCUGUGCCAGGGCGCACCACCCUCGGAGUCACCACCCUCCUGGCGGUGUCCUCACAGAGCUCUGGCAUACAGAGUGGCCUACCGCAAGUCAGUUAUGUGAAAGCUAUCGAUGUCUGGAUGGGAACCUGCACUGCAUUCGUAUUCUGCGCACUUUUGGAAUUUACAUUUGUGAACUAUAUGUGGCGCAAAUUGUCGCCGGAUAUCCUGAAGCGGACAUUUGUGCCCGAGGCGGCGAGCAACGGGGAGGCGCCCAUCUCCAAACAGGGUGUCUCACCCUCCGCCCAGGGCGACACAAUCACCACCACCACCCAGGAGGCUAUAGCUGUUACUGUGGUUCGCAAAGUGAUUCUGGCCGAAAACGAUCCGACGGGAAGAAUUACUAACAAGAACAUGCUAAUGGCGCGGCAGAUCGACGAAUAUUCCCGACUUUUCUUUCCACUGGCAUUUGCAGUCUUCAACGUUGCCUAUUGGUCCUACUAUCUCGCUUAAAACCCUAAAAUAAGAAAUCACAUUUAUUUUUAUCCUUUUUUAUGAAGCAGUAUCUGAUUUAUUAUAUUGUAUGAAUUCUAUUGUAUUGAAAAUCUAUUCCAAUACUGUUAAUAUAAUUAAAGUAAUACAAAUAUUGUAGAGUACAUGAAGUAAUUUGCUAUUGGAGCUUCAUCUGGAAUCCAUCUUUUAGGGCCAAGCAACAUGAAGCGUUUUCUCAGACGAUUUUUCAAGCGGUUUUAUCCGCGCCAACCCGAUUAAUCAAUCUGAGAGCUUCCUGCUUUGCCGACUCUGAAAACGCAUCAUGUGGCUUAGCCCUUGUCAAAGCACUUUUGGAGCCGGUUUCCGAGCUCGGAAUUUAGCUGAGCUCUAGACUUUAAACAGCUGGAGUCAGAAAAUUGGCUUUCCGAGACAGGGCUUA